CAUAGUGUAGACUUAAACAUCAUAAUGUAAACAUAGUGUAGAUUAAAACAUCAUAGUGUAAACACAGCGUAAACAUAAGCGUCAUAAUGUAAUCACAGCGUAGACUAAAACAUCACGGUGUAAAUAUAGCGUUGACUAAAACAUCAUAGUGUAGACAAAGCGUGGACGAAAACAUCAUAGUGUUAACAUAACAUAGACGAAAACAUCAUAGUGUAAACAGCGUACAUUUAAAUAAGCGUACACCUGAUGCGCACUAAAACUUGAACAAAUUCAGAAAUACAGUUUCGACUCAAACUUGAAAAACAGAAUGUUCAUUUAUUCAGUAUUUGUUUUUGCUUAUGUUACAAUUUAGAACAAUAUAGAAUCAAUAGAUUAAUUGGCUUACUGAUUUACAUAUUACGUGCAGUCAUGCUGUUAUCAUCGGUCACUGUAUACGCAGGUGGUACUCCACAUAGAGAUGGUGGUAUACGUAAACAGUCUCGUGAAGUCCCACUUGAUCUGUCUGGCAGAGGCUUCAUAUAGAUAUAAAUACCUUGACAAAAGAAGACGGGGGAGGACUUACUAGAUAUUUUUGCACAAUAUGGACAAAAAGAUGAAUUUUGAUGAAAUCAUUGAGAAAAUCGGCAGUUUUGGAAAAUACCAAAUAAUCCAAGUUAUUCUGAUGUGCCUUCCUCAUAUCAAUGCCGCUAUUUUCAUGGUGAUGUCUGUUAUAUUGCUCGGAGUACCAAAAUACAGAUGUAAUAUACCUGGCUACACCGGUGAUACCUACCUGAUACAGAGCCCAGAACACCAGACACUCGUGGACAACUAUAUACCGAGAUCAUCUGACAGUACAAAAGACUAUGAUCAGUGUCAUAUCUAUAAUAAUAACAGUACAUACAGUCACAACAGUACUUUUCCUGGCAAUAGGUCGACAGUGGAAUGUGAUAGUUGGGUAUAUAGUCAGUCGACGUUCACGGAAACAUUUGUAUCAGAGCACGACCUUGUUUGCAGUAAUGGUGAUUUGUUAUCGUUGACUAAGAUGAUGUUCUUUGUUGGAGUUCUCGUCGGAUCCUUCACUUUCGGAUUGCUCGCGGAUAGAUAUGGGAGGAAGUUUUCAAUGUGCUGUGCUAUAGUUCUACAGUUGCUGUCCUCCGUUGGUCUGGCUUGGGCCCCUAACUUGCCAGUCUACAUAACUCUUCGGUUCAUGAUCGGGGCUACCACUAACGGGAUUGUUCUCACCACGUUUGUGUUAACUUUGGAGAUUGUUGGGACUAGCAAACGAGUUCAGGCGAGCAUGAUAAACGGAUUCUUCUUUGCUGGCGGAGAGGUGAUCCUGGCCGGUCUAAGCUAUUUAUUACGUAAUUGGCAGUAUAUUGAACUGAUUGUUGGAAGUUCAACAGUAUUCUAUCUCUCCUUUUUCUGGAUCAUUCAAGAAUCUCCCCGAUGGCUUCUUAACCAUGGUCAGACUAAGAAAGCAGAGAAAGUGAUAAAACGAAUAGCAGAGGUCAACAAAAAGAGCCAAUAUUUAGAACCAAUCCUGAAUUACAAAGAGGACGAGAAACAAAAGGGAGACAUAAGGCACAUUUUUACCUCCAGAGUAUUGUUUGGCAGAACACUGAUAUUGUUCCUGAACUGGUGCGUGAUAGCCAUGACGUUUUACGGGUUGUCAAUGAACACAGGAAAUAUCGGUGGCGAUUUUUACCUGAACUUCAUGUUACUUGGGUUGAUGGAUUUCCCGUCCUCUCUACUAUUGCUACUGUUACUGAAUAGAAUCGGCAGAAAAAAAAUGCACUGUACCUCUAUGAUCGUGGGUGGCGUUUCGUGUCUGUCAACAUUGUUUACUACAACCUAUGGAGGCGAAUCUCUUCACGGUUUGACUGUCGCUCUGGUGUUAAUAGGAAAGCUUGGAGCAGGUUGUGCCUUCGGCAGUGUCUUCAUAUUUACGUCUGAACUAUACCCCACUGUGGUUAGAAAUGCCGGUAUGGGAGCGUGCUCCUGCUUUGCCCGGUUUGGAUCUAUGAUAGCUCCGUAUGUUAUUUCAUCGGCUGCUGACAUUGGAGGGACUACCGGGAAGGCAGUUCCAUUGAUUGUAUUCGGUUCAGCGUCCAUUGCCGCCGGGUUACUAGCCCUCUUCCUUCCAGAAACGCUUAACAAAGACUUACCGGACACAAUUGAAGAGGGAAAACUAUUUGGAACACCAGAAUACGAUUCCAUAAAGAAAACAGGAAACAUCAAUAAAAGGUUUGCUAUGGAAGGAGAACUAUCCGUACAGACGGGCAGCGUGUAAAUGGACACACGUCAACUUCUGUGCUACAAACAAACGGUCAUAUUAUGUAAAAGUUAACAUCAGGUUUGUUUCAAAAUAAAAACUAAGAUAAACGAA